CUGGUGUCUACAGACAGAGACGGAUUUUUAAUUUUCUUUUCACCUGUUUCGUAAGCGUAACAUUAGGUUAUGCGUACAGAAACUUAGUUUAUUGGUGUACCGAUUCAAAAUGUUUUUGAAAUCCAGACGGUUACUUGGUUUCGGGGUAAAUUAUUGUAGAAUUUCAUAUUUACAAAAAGUCAACUCAUCCUCUCAGAGUGAAGGAAUAACUAUCAGUGAAAAUUGUGCGAAGAAAUUACAACAGCUAUGCGAAGGCAACAAUAACUUUUUGAGACUGUGUGUAGAAAGUGGAGGGUGUUCUGGUUUCCAGUAUAAAUUUGAUCUCGACAAUAAAAUUGCUGAAGACGAUAGGGUGUUUGAACGAGAUGGUGUUAAAGUGGUAAUUGAUGAAACAUCAUUGGAUUAUAUCAGAGGUUCUACCGUUGAUUACCAUACAGAGCUAAUAAGAUCUGCAUUCAGAGUUGUACAAAAUCCUAAUGCUGAUCUUGGGUGUUCAUGCGGUGCAAGCUUUUCAAUCAAAAUUGAUUGAAAUAGUUUCAGAAAUCAGGAUAUGGAUUGGAUCAAUUGGUUCAGAUAAUAGAAGACAGGUUUUAAUGUAUAAUUUUAAUUUAUUGAUAAUGAAUGUUCCAUUUCAUAACAACAUUUUGUUAUUGCUAUAUAAAUUAUGAUUAAUAAUAGGUUUAAUUUAUAGUUUUUAGAAACCCAUAUUUGUAGAAGACACUUGCACUAUUAAGUUAAAAACUUUGAUUUUUACGUUACCUACUUAUCUACAAUAGUGCUUCAUUCAAAUGAUUAAAAAGUUCUUAAAAAAUGGUAGGCUAGUCAGUAUGAUAUGUAAUUUAAGUAAUUUCUGUGAUAAAAAGUAGAUAAUAAACAGUUGUUGGAAAAAACCAAGUGUUGUUUUUUUAAAGUGUUGAUUACAAGGAUAUCAUAACUACCGUUUACAAAAGCAACAAAAUUAGAUGUGUUAGUGGGCGGCACAGUGAUUUUACCAGUAAAAUUUUAUUCUUUACGUAAGUAUUAUUUAAGAUUCACUAAUCCCCGUUGACGGGGAUUGUCAAUGGGGAAUAGUGGAAUAAGCCAGUUUUUAAUAUUUUAGUUCUCUGUAAAUUAAUUAUAAAUAACUGUAAAUAAAUCUAUCCAGAUUUUUAUAAUUUGGCUACUUUCAAGCAUUUUUACACAAUUUUUGAGUUAGUAAGAAUGAUGUAAUAAAUGAAAAAUAGGUGUUCAAUCGAUAGGUAUGAUAUGACCCUUGUACCCUUUUUGUACUUUUUGCACUCACUUGACACCUCUGUUUACAGGAAACUCUACAGUAAACAAAUUUUUUUCCCCAAAA